AUGCUACUCUUUGGAGAAUUUACUUCCCCUCCCCCUCCCAUCUCAAUUCCGCCCUCCCUCCUUCCGCCGGGACUGGCAGUGGAGAAGCCCCUGUCUAACGGGGUUCAGCAGGGGAGACGGGCUGCGCACGACCAUCUUGCGAACAUCGCCAUGCUAAGGGGACACAGUCUUGGUCCAGAAAAGAGCAAUUCACUUCAAAGAAAGGAAGAAGAAAACAAAACAAUUUUGGAGUCAGAUGGGAUUAAUUGUGGAUACCCUAAAGGCUGGAUUCGGUUAAAAAUCCUGCUCGCGACGGCAGCGCGAGCAGUCAUGAAGAGGGCGGCGUCGGUGCCCAGCGACAGCGGUGCCUCACUUCCCAAGGAAGCGCGCAUUGGGGCUACGCGGGGCGAGCAGGCAGCCGCCCACGCCGCCCACGCCGCCGCCCCUGGCCAAGCGGGUUACCCGCCCUCCAGCUGCGCCCGCAGUCCGCUCAACGCUACAGCCCCUGCUCUCCCCAGGGGCGCUGAUGGUUCCACCUCGACCUCCAACUCUAUCGCCAGCAAUGACGGUCGCAGCGCCAACCGCAGCCCAACACCCACCCACAGCGCCUUCAGUUCCUCUAGCAAAACAGUAUCUUGGAUCGACUCGAUUCUCGCGUUUAGCUCCACCUCUAUCCACACCUUCAUGCUGACGUUUAGCCUUGCCUUUGGUCUAGCGUUUACCCUCGCCUUUAGCCUCGCCUUCAGCCAGGUUUUCGGCCUAACAUUUUGUUUAGCGUACAGCCUGACCUACAUCUCGGUAUUUAGCCUCGCCUUGAGCGUUGUUUUCAGCCUCAUUUACAGCCGCACCUUCCGCUUCGUCUUGAUCCCAGCGAAACGGCCGCUCCAGUCCGAUUUCUGCCCCGCUCACCAAAAUUCGUUCCUGCACCGACUAUACUUCCUCCCUAUAUGA